UAGCUUCCUAGGAGCUACUGAUUGUCUUCUCUGAAGAAACAUGAAGUCACAAUACGUUGUUGUGUUUACUUUAGCCGUCCUGAUGAUGUUCUUGAUGUGGCUCCCUAUGUCACUGAGCUGCAACAAAGCUCUCUGUGCUAGUGAUGUGAGCAAAUGCCUCAUUCAGGAGCUCUGCCAGUGCCGGCCUGGUGAAGGCAAUUGCUCCUGUUGUAAGGAGUGCAUGCUGUGUCUUGGGGCUCUUUGGGAUGAGUGCUGUGACUGCGUUGGUAUGUGUAAUCCUCGAAAUUACAGCGACACACCUCCAACUUCAAAGAGCACGGUGGAGGAGCUGCAUGAGCCGAUCCCUUCUCUCUUCCGGGCACUCACAGAAGGAGAUACUCAGUUGAAUUGGAACAUCGUUUCCUUCCCUGUUGCAGAAGAACUUUCACAUCAUGAGAAUCUGGUUUCAUUUUUAGAGACUGUGAACCAGCCACACCACCAAAAUGUGUCUGUUCCUAGCAAUAAUGUUCAUGCGCCUUAUUCCAGUGACAAAGAACACAUGUGUACUGUGGUCUAUUUUGAUGACUGCAUGUCCAUACAUCAGUGUAAAAUAUCCUGUGAGUCCAUGGGGGCAUCCAAAUACCGCUGGUUUCACAACGCCUGCUGUGAGUGCAUCGGUCCCGAAUGUAUUGACUACGGUAGCAAAACUGUCAAGUGUAUGAACUGCAUGUUUUAAAAAAGGAAAAAAAUGCAAAUCAGAGCAAUUUAGUCAAAAAGAAAGGUGGAAAAAGUUAUUUAGAAAGCCAGUAAGUUAAAAAGAUGUAAAGAAUUUGGAAUGAGUUACUUUUAAAAGUAUGACAUAUCCAGUAAUAUGUUAAAUUACUGUAACUGCUCUUAUUGACUUUAUUGCCCACUAGCAGUAAGCCCUUUCCUUUUAAUACAUGUGCAACAUAUGAGAUGUAGGUGCCCAAAGUUCCUUGAAAGAUCUGAGGUUUUUUAACACAAAGCCUGAUGCCGUUUUCUUCUAGCAAUUCCAAAAGCUUUUUGUUUUGAAUGUGUUGGCAGAUAUCUUUGUAUGCUGUCCUAGAACACUGAGUUUUUAUAGUUGUACACCAUUGUUCCCUGUGCCUUGUAUCCUCUUUUUAAUAAAUAGAGUAGUUGUCUAAACAUACAUAAAAAGCACCAUUAAAAAGCUCAAUUUCAAACCUUU